AUGUGUCUUGUGUGCGACUGUCCCGCAUGGGACUGGGGACCGGGACCAGCCUGGAGCCUGAGCGCGGAGAUGUGUGGCCUGCAACUGCGUCCUCCUGGGGUUGCCGUGGUGCUGUCCGGCCUGGCCCAUAGGUCCUCGUCUGCAGUUACUUCAAGUAGAAUCCACCAGGCCUCAGAAGGCAAGCACUGCCCAGGGCGUGUGGCCCAGGGCAUGCAGGGAGCUCGUGGAGGGCCCGCGGGCCAGGCCAGGCAUCCCAAGUCACCAGAGGUUUCCGGGGGCAAGGGACCCGGAGUGCCCACACCCCGCUGCAGGCCUGGCCCUCGGGCGCCUCGGUGGCGGGGCUGUGACCCCUGCUCCUUGGCGCGGCCGUGA